AAGGGCAGUCAGUGCUCUUAACCACUGAGCCAUCUCUCCAGCCCAAUAUUGUCUAUUCUCUAUACGGACAUCUUCCUCACUAUACUCACAGCCUGGUACUUGCUAGGCUAAGAUUAGAAUGCUUAUGUAGUAUGUGAAAUUCUGGGGUUGUGUCCUAGCACCUCAUAAGUGAGGAAUGUUUGAGUCAUUCUCAGGUCCAGAGCUUGCUCUCCAUUAACUCCUUAAAAUUUUGGGUACUCGAGGGUGGUGAGGGAAAAUGGUGGGCAUAAGAAAACAAGGGGGAGUGGGGCUGGAGAGAUGACUCAGUGGUUAAGAGCACUGACUGCUCUUCCAAAGGACCUGAGUUCAAUUCCCAGCAACCACAUGGUGGCUCACAAUCAUCUGUAAUGGGAUCUGAUGUCCUCUUCUGGUCUGUCCAAAGACAGUGACAGUGUACCCACAUACAUGGAAUAAAUAAAGCUUUAAAAAGGGGGGGGGGCUGAUCUAGAGCACUAGCUGCUCUUCAGAGCACCCAAAUUUAAUUAGUACUCACAUUGCAGCUCACAACUGUCACUCCAGUUCUAGGUAAUGGUACCCUCACAAUAGGGGAUGAAGCAGUUUACAACCACCUGUGUAACUGGCUCCAAGGGAUCCAAUGAUUCCCUCAGGUAUAUGCGUUGACAGAAACAGCCUCUAAAACAGUUAAAAGGAUACCUUGUCUGAUUUUGGCACAUCCAGUGUUUCUGGCAGCAUCGAGAACUGAACCCUGGGCUUCAUGUUUUCUGGGCAAGUGUCCUUGGUAGUAAAGCCAAAUCCUGGUUUUUGAUGGAACUGGUAGUGGUGUACCAGGGUUCAUAUGGUCCUUUAGUUCCCAAAUCUCAGAAGCUUAGCUUUGUAGCUUAAUGGUAGAAGGUGGUUGCAGACUUGAGCAAUAAGGAACUGGGCUAGAAAGAGGUGGAUGGGGGUUGGGGAUUUAGCUCAGUGGUAGAGCGCUUGCCUAGGAAGUACAAGGCCCUGGGUUUGGUCCCCAGCUCUGAAAAAAACAAAAAAAAGGUGGAUGUGCUACAAACAGGUCCUUUAGUUGAGGCCAGGAUGUACUUUGUGGGGAGAUUUUUUUCUGCCCACCUAAGAAUCGUGUGCUAUGUGCACCACACACAGUUCUGGAUGUAGAAGGGCAAAGUGAUGGCGGUACAUAAAUUAGGUGAGAGGGAGAAAUGGAGACAGCAAGUGAGUCUUGCUCUCCCCUAGAUUAAGCACUAAGGAAUUAAGUGCUUAUAUUAGUCCUUCAAAGGUGCUAAGACAGCGGUUGUCAAAUUUUAGGUUGCUGCCUAAGACUGGUAUUUACAGUAACUAGCAAAAUCAUAGCAGCAGUUGUUGGGGGUCAUCCCAAUAUGAACUGCGUUAAAGGGUCAUUGGAUUAGGAAGCUUGAGAACCACUGUUUCUAAGGAUGUGGUCACUGAGUCAAAGUAGCAAGUCCUAGUAUUCAAAUUCUAAGUCAUUGAAGGUGCAAAGUGAUACCAGCUAGGAGGGUUUGGUGUCAGAUACACAAGUAAAUGACCCUUACAGGGACAACAAAAGCCAAGUACUCUAGGGUUCCACUUAUGAAUCUCUUUAGAGUUCCAGCACAGAGGAGCAGUCUGGACUGCAUAGACUCAACAGCACAGCUUGGUGGGAUGUGUGUCGUUGUAGAGUACUUGUUCAGCAUGCAUGAAGCCCUGGGUUCCAUCUCUUCACACAAAAGUAGAGACAGGAUUAGGAGUUCGAGGCCAGCCUAGACUAUAUGAGACUUUGUCUCAAAAGCAAUGGGAAAAUUGAAUGGUGGUAACCCAGGGGAAGGAGGAAAGGGUUAAGCCAAACAUUGCUUUGGGUUGAUGGGAAGUUGAGUUGGAAGAUGAUUACCCAGAAUGAGUGUAUUCACAACAGUAAUUAAAACUAAAAAGGUGUUUAGCAAGAUAGUUAAGGGAUUGUCUUAGAGUCUAUUUUUCCACAAUGAGAUUCAUGACCAAAGCAACCUGGGGGAAUGGGAGAGUUUUAUUUGCUGGACCUCUCAGGACUUGGGUUAGGACAUGGAACCCAAAUAGGUCAGAAAUGGAGGCAGAGACCAUGGAAGGUGCUGCUUACUGGCUUGUUCAGCCUCCUUACAGAAUCCUGGACCACCAGCUUAGGGAUGGCAACACCCACAGUGGGCUGUCACCCCCCAGCCCCCCAUCAAUUACUAGUUAAAAUGUCUUAGAGGGCUGUCUACAAUCCAAUCUUUUUUUUUUUUUUUUCUUUUCUUUUUUUGGAGCUGGGGACCGAACCCAGGGCCUUGGGCUCGCUAGGCAAGCGCUCUACCACUGAGCUAAAUCCCCAACCCCUUACAAUCCAAUCUUAAGGAGGCAUUUUUUUGUUUUUAAGAUUUAUGUAUGUGAGUACACUAUAGCUGUCUUCAGACACCAGAAGAAGGCAUCAGAUCCCAUAGCAGAUAGUUAUGAGCCACCAUGUGAUUGCUGGGAAUUGAACUCAGGACCUCGGGAAGAGCAGUCAGUGCUCUUAACCGCUGAGCCAUCUCUCCAGCCCCUGGGAGGCAUUUUCUUCUUAAGAUUCUCCCCUCAUGACUUUAGCUUGUGUCGAGCUGACACAAAACUCCAUCUCUAGCCCAGGGGUUCAUUUCAGUUUGACAGGGUCUUACAGUCAAAAACUACUCUUAACUUGUCCCCCCAAGUGUGGCAUUAAAGGUGCACACCAUCACAUCCCGCCCUUGGCCUGUGUUCAGUCCUGGUGAUUGAAUGUAGAGGCUCAUAUGUUACAGGAGCUCUGGCACUGAGCUCAGAGACAGGCUAGUUUUUUUCUUGUGAGACUUUCAUGUAGCCCAGGCUGUCUCAGAACUUCAUGCAACUAAUUUUCAAAACAUUUCAUUAUCCCCAAACGGCAGCCCUGAUGGAGGGAGCAGUGACUUGCUGACCCAGUCUCUCUGCCUUUGUGCACCAGAUGAUCACUUUGCCACAUCUUUUUGUGACAGACGCCCCUCCUUGCAUUCAUUCUCUACUUCCCUCCCUCCCUUCGGUGCUGCAGGUGUAAGCCAAUACGUCUCACUGUGGGUAAGGUUCCUCUGCUGAGCUAUAACCCUAGUCUGCACCAGACCUCAGGGCAUUGCACACUGACUAACAGAAGGAAGGCUGGUUGCAGUCAGCCUGCCUCCUGCCAGCUGGAAAGGAUGUUGGAAGAAACUUGACUGCUGGCUGGGUGCCCAAGGCACGUGCCCGAUUUGCAUUUUGGGAUGACUAGCUGGUAAGUGCAACUGAUACUUUACCUAGGAGGACAAUUUAUUUCCGUUUGUAUCAUUUAGGAAGCCUGUCGUGUCUCGUCCUGCCCCCCACCCCACCCCGUUUUAGUGUUCUGGGUGUGUUCAGACCUUUAAAGAGUGAUUUGCAGAGUUGUCUUCCACGGGAAGGAACAUCACCGCCCUGGGAAGAACAUUCCAGAAAGCUGCACUUUCUGGUGAGUCACUGUAUAUUAAUAGCACCACCAAAAUCCAAACAAUGAUUAGUACGUUACUGCGGAGCCAAGGAACCGAGCAGACUGGGUGCCAAGUGCUGGCUUGCAGCCUGCCUCACCUUCCCAGGAAAGCACUUCAAAACUUCAACACUCGGCCAAUGGGAAUCCUAGGACUGGCAGCGUCAAAGCACUUGGUUUGGUUUGUUUUUUAUUUUUUUUUAAAUUGUGGAUAUGUGUCUUACUUGAAGGUUUGAGCGUGACAGAACACAAUGGGAAGUUGAAAGACGUUAGAGCCUGAAGUGGGAGUUGCAGGUACCUGUGGGUUGCCUGAUGUGGGUGCAGGGAAGCAAAGCCAAGUCUUCUGCAGUAGAGCCUCUGCUUUUUUCCCUUUAAGAUAUAUUUUAUUUAUGAGCACACUGUCGCUGUCUUCAGACACACCAGAGGAGGGCAUCAGGUCCCAUUACAGAUGGAUGUGAGCCACCAUGUGGUUGCUGGGAAUUGAACUCAGGACCUCUGGAAGAGCAGUCAGUGCUCUUAACUGCUGAGCCAUCUCUCCAACACCACGCACUUUCUGUCAAUGAUUCCAGAUUAAAAAUAAAAAUCCCUGGGCUGGAGAGAUGGCUCAGCUGUUAAAGGCUAGGCUCACAACCAAAAAUAAAAAUCCCCAGUCCGGCAUGGCGGCACACUCUGGAGGUAGGAGUCGGUAGGAGUUUAAGGCCAGCCUGGUAUGUAGAGUGAGCUCUAAGACAGACAGGGCUACAUAGAGAAACCCUGUCUCAAAAAACAACAAAAAACCAAAAUACUAAAAUACUAACAAAAGUUGGUGUUAGCCAACUUUUGAAUGGUUGAAUGGUUGAAAUGAACCCUGAUCUCAUUGACUACCUGAAUACCGCUCCGUUUUUCCUCUGCUUGUAAACCCAAACCAACUGCUGCGACAAAAGCUUUCCUGGGGAGAGACCACACAUCUGCUCACCCCAGAUAGGGAGCCCAUAACACACCAAAGUUCAGAUGCCACCAAGGUCCAACUUGGUGAGCCGUGAGUUUUAUUGGGGUUACUUCUAGGGGUAUGGGUGGGAGGUUACUUAACAGGAGCAGAAAUGACACAAAGACAGCUGUAUCACCACAGCCCACCCCAGCAUGGGUAACAGACAGCUCACAAACCUGGGAACCUGGAGCACAGUGCACAGCUUACAGGCAACUCAAUGUGUUGGAGAGAGUGUCCUGUCCAGGGCCUCAGCUGGUCAUCCAGGAAGCCUGGCUGUCUGGACUUACUGGUGGGCGGGGCCUAGUGAAUCUGGUCAGUUUCAGGAACCACUAUUUCGAGUUGUUUACCUCCUGUAUAAAGAGCUUCCCUGCAGGAUGGGAUGUUCCAAUCUUAGAGGAAUUUUAUACAACAGCUACAAAUUCCUAUGACUUCUGUUGUCUCCAUCUCCUUCCCCUUCAUGAGGGUCAGUAGACAGAACCAGUCAGUCUCCCAAGCCCCUUGUGGACCAGGAGAGAGCACAAGGGGUACAUUUUAUUCAUUUUUUAAAAAGAUAUAUUUUUAUAUGAGUACACUGUAGCUGUCUUCAGAUACACCAGAAGAGGGCAUCAGAUCCCAUUACAGAAGGUUGUGAGCCAUCAUGUGGUUGCUGGGAAUUGAAUUCAGGACCUCUAGAAGAGCAGUCGGUGCUCUUAACUGCUGAGCCAGCCCUCCAGCUCCCAUUUUAUUCAUUUUUAAAAGACUUUAAUUCUUAAUUUUGUGUGUGUGUGUGUGUGUGUGUGUGUGUGUGUGUGUGUGUGUGUGUGUGCAAAGACAGCUUUCAGGGGUCUGUUCUCCAGAGAUCAGACAGGUCCAGGUGGUCAGACUCGGCAGCAAGGGCCUUUACCUGUUGAGCCAUCCAUCUCACCAGCCCCAGGAAGUGGAUUUUCAAGUGAAGUCUGAUGGCUGGGCUCAGUGGGGAUGUGACAUUAAUCCCAGCAUUCAGUCAGGCAGAUCUCUGGGAGUUCAAGACCAGCCUGAUCAACAUAAUGAGUUCCGGGCCUAUCCUCUGAGUUACAGGCAGGACUACAUGUGAGAGCCUGUCUCAAAUACUAAAGAAAUCACCAAACAAAAUAAAACCAUCGGGCUGGAGAGAUGGCUCAGUGGUUAAGAGCACUGACUGCUCUUCCAGAGGUCAUGAGUUCAGUUCCCAGCAACCACAUGGUGGCUCACAACCAUCUAUAAUGAGAUCUGGUGCCCUCUUCUGGCCUGCACGUGUACAUGCAUGUGCAACGCUGUAUACAUAAUAAAUAAAUCUUAAAAAAAAAUAAAAAUAAAAAAAAUAAAACCAUCUAGGUCUUACAAGACAGUAUACUCUGUGACCCUUCACCUUGGACAGAAGUUUGGCAUAGCUGAGAAGUUACGCUUCCCCUGAGUUAGAACUGGCUUGAACUGGAGACAUUUUGCCUGCUUACCCUUAGAAGAAAUGUAUAUAAAUGUCCUGUAUGGGUGGCAUGGAAAAUUCAAGAAAGCCUAACUGGGGUUGGGGAUUUAGCUCAGUGGGGUUCGGUCCGCAGCUCCGGGGGUGGGGAGAGGAAAAAAAAAGAAAGCCUAACUGUCCUGGAACUAGACAAGCCCGGUAAUUCUAGUUGAUAGCAAUUAAACAUGCUGAGCAACACGGGAGAAGACUAAGGGACGCACGGAUAGUUGGUUUUCACUGUUCUACAGAAACCCUCGGGAGACUGAGGCAAGGGUAUCUUGAGUAUUGAAGCCAGCCUAGGAUACAGAGUGAGACCCCGCCUCAAAGCCAAACGGAAUAGAGUAAAGCACCUGCCCCAAAGCGUAGGCAUUGUAACUCGGCAGAGCGCUAACCCGGUGUGCACUAAGCCCUGUCGUGUGUCCACAGCUCUGUCAGAACACUGUCCAAGAAGGGAGUCACGGGAUGGCAAUUCUGAGAGCGUGCGAGAAAACAAGAGUCUUGCCAUCUCAGUUUUCUUCAAAACCACAGCAUGGGCUGUGGGAUGCACUAGCUGCCCUAGGGGGAGCAGAGGAGUGAGUUUACUUCAGAGGAUUCGCUCCAGCUGACCAUGCUAUUUGUUGGUAGCCUCCCUGGAAAACCUUUUGGCCACGUGGGGCUUAUCCUUGUGAUUCUAUACAACUUGAACUUGUGAGAGCGACACUCAGGCGACCACUCGACACUCAGAGUAUAAACCCGCCUGACGCUCUGAAUGAAGCUGGCUAUUGCAUGAGAUUUAGUCUGCCUCAUUUUUAGGCUCCACUCUCCCAGGUCCCCACAGUCAACCAGAGCAGUAAACAGCACCUUGUAAGAUGGCUGAUCAUACAUGCCUGUAAUCCCAGCACUCAGGAGUAAGUGGAGACAGGAGGAUUGUCUUGGGCUACACGGUGAAUUCAAGGCUGACCUGGGCCACAUGAGACUGGAGACCCUGUUUUAGAAAAAUAAAUUAUUGGGCAGUAAAGUGAUGGCUCAGUGGUUAAGAGCAUUGGCUGCUCUUUCAGAGGGCCUGGGUUCAAUUCCCAGCACCCACUUGGUGCUUCACAACUGUAACUCCAGUCCUAGGGCAUCUGAUUUCCUCUUCUGGCCUCCACAGGCACCAGGCAUAUACAAGUGGUGAGAUCACCCAUACACAUAAAAUCCAAAUGGAUAUUAAAAAUACCAAAGAAUUGGUCAGGGAGACCCUGAAAGCUUUCAAAUACACACAGUACUGCCAUUGCUCUGGUUCCCCAGUGCUAGCUAGUAAGACUAUUGCAGAAGGCAGCAUUGAGCUUGCAGGACAGAGAUCAAGCUGACACCAAGCUGGAAACUUGUGCUAAAAAGGACUUGUGUAGGCUAUGGGGGAGGAGGUGGAAGAAAAGCCAUUGGUGGCUUAGCCAGCACAGUAAGCCAGCAUGGUGGCUGGAUCCUUGUGUGCUCCAAUACCAACUUCCGGCAUCAAGUGCCCUCUGGUGCAACAGUUUCGUGAAGGUUCCAGGGGCAACCAAUCACCCUCUGGUUGGAUCUGAGGUGUUCUCCACAGGAGAAAAGUCAUCCCUGGUACUGUGAACCUGUCAAAAUCCUGUGGCUCAGGAGGUCCUAGGCCCCAGGGAGAGCCUACUACCGUUCUGCUAAAUGGACUUGUCUGACUUUAUGCUUCUAUCACAGGUUAGUGCCGCUUUCAGCCUUAGCCAGACUCUUGGUGCUGUGGCCAGCAAAUACAGGCUGGCAACUGUCAAAGCGCCAAGGAUAGGUGACUGUUGAGGUCUCAGCCCUAGGUAGGACGUCUGUGUCAGCUGCCAAGGUCAAGAAAUAUGGAAGAGGGGCCAAAGAGAACAGAAGAGUUGGGGAGUAGGGAAGAGGCCUAGGAAAUACUGUCCCCAUGUUAUUUUCUGGUUUAUUGCCAUGCCAUCCCUCAGUUGCCCUGGGAACUUUGAACUCCUGGGGCACUUAAGCUAUGGAUGAGAAAGGACAUCCCUUGGUUGUGCCUGUGCCUUUGAAAGUGGUUCCCAGGGGCUGGAGAGAAGGCUCAGUGGUUAAGAGCACUGACUGCCCAGAGGUCCUGAGUUCAAAUCCCAGCAACCACAUGGUGGCUCACAACCAUCUGUAAUGGGAUCUGAUGCCCUCUUCUGGUGUGUCUGAAGAUAAUGACAGUGUAUUCAUAUACAUAAAAUAAAAAGAAAAUAACAUGCAAACAACUUCUGCACAGACAGCAGAGGGGCUUGGCUCCUUUAACCCCAGUGUCCCACAGAAGGAAGAGUGACUGUGAGGGGAGGUGGAGGUCGGGUGGCAGGGUGUGACAAAACCAUAGUAUGCCACCAGAGGGGAGGCCCAGUUCUGUGGCCAGAAUGAGAAUUGGGAAGCUGCUCUAGAGCACAGGACAGUCCCCAAAGUCUUGGUGGCCUCUUUGGUCUUAAGUGCACCCCAGUAGAGUGUGCCCAAGGAAGGGAAGCUUUGAGGAGGUCUGUGGCCUAAGGAUCAGGCCUAUGUGCACAGGGUAGGUAGGACUAUGCAUGCCCUGUGGAGCAGGCAGGUGCAGAACUAGGGGCAACAAGAACUGAGGGAGGGGAGCUGGGAGCUAUGAUUUACGGCCUAGGGUCCUGAGUGGACAUGUGUAGCUCUCCCCAGACACUGCCCCAGAAACAUGCACACUGUGUUGCCAUGGAGAUACCUGUGACGUCAUGCAGGCCUAAAGCACAGGAUAUCUGCCUCCUCCCUUCUUGACUCCCUGGGGUGAUUCCCUGGGAACCAAAAUGAACAUCCCAUCCAGGAUGUAAGUCUAGACAGUCCUUGCCCUCCACACCAGAUGCUUGAAGCUAACAAGCUGCUUUAAAUAACUGUCAGCCCCAAGACCGCUCUGGCUGCCCGCCAGGUUCAAAGAGCCCUAACUCAGUGGCCCCUGCCUAGCAACUGUUAGGAACUAACCACCUAAAUUCCGGCCGACUUCUUGGAGUUAAGUGUGGUCCAGUUUGGAUCUCUGAACAGAUGUGGCUGCAGGUGUUCUGACAGCCCACCUUUCUCCUAGGCGGUUGCUCCCGGAGAUUCACUCCUACUUUCUGGGACUUCUCCCAGGAUUCCAUUAAGUGACAGUCUACGUGCCUGGCCUCGAGGGAUGGCCAGCCUGAGGCCCAGCCGACCCACCUGCAUCAGGGCAGCGUUCAGUGCAGCUGGCUUUCGCAAGUGGCAGAGACACUCACGCCAUCGCCUUCAGAUCAACUCCAGAAGGAACCUCAUGGACUUUGCUGAAGGCAUCUGGAGAGAGUUUUUAGACCCUUAUGAUGGAGACUCAGAGGAUACCCCAGGUCAUUCCAACUACCGAAGCUGCCGCCAGCGUGCUUACCGCCUCCUGGGUGACAGGAGCCGCAACUCACCUUCCUACACACUGAGGUUCAAGACUGCUGAGGAGACCAUCUCGGAGGACUCGGUCCCAAAAGCUCCAGACCUCACCAUGAGAACCUCUGGCUGGACCCCCAUAACCCUGGAAGCCAGCGAUGUCGACAUGCAGCCCGAGGGUGAACUAAAGGCACUCGGCCCCCGAGAGGCCAACGGACAUCCUGGCAGGCUGUCCCCAUCACCAGAGGACUGGAGGAUGACAAGGGCUGCCAGCCCCCUCAUCCCCGUGGAGAGCCCAGAGAUAAGCAGACACCUGCUGAGCAGAGCCAGAGCCACCAGGCCCCCACCCAGGCUUGGGAGUGAGAGAGAUAAGGGGUCCAGGCUGUCGAUUUCCAAGAGAAAACUGGAGCUCCUACUUGGAGAGCCUGAGAUAAUUAAGAGGAAGAAGAAGUAAGGAAGCUGAGCACAAGUCUGGUGCUGCUGCUGAGUCUGGGCCUCCUCUCCAAGUCAUGUCCUCCCCAUGGCGGCAGGACAAGGUUCCCAAGUGCAAAUAAAAAUGGCACCACAAGGAGGUGCCCAUUCUUGGCA